UAGAACCGAAUGCGGAAAGUAUGGAAAAACAUCUCAUAAUGUAUUUAACCAGAAAAUUGAUUAUGCUCCUGCAUAAGUAUCUAGUCGUUAUGGCAUCUCAGGUGUCAAAGUGUGGAUUUCAUAUAGUAAAAAAAAAGGGGGACAUGCUAUAUCCGAAAAGUACAAAAUAUAGUAAAUAUGGUAAAGGCAGAUUUAGUAGGGGUUGCAAACUGGACGGUACACAACUUGGUUUUGGAAGAUAUGGCAUUAAAAGUUGUAAAGUUGGUCGUCUUUCAUAUCGAGCCAUUGGAGCAGCAUGUCAGGCUAUAAUAGGACAAUUACAUCGUGCUAUGAGCAGACAAUUCCGAAGAAAUGGUAAGAUAUGUGUAAGAGUUCUCACAGAUCUCUCUAUUACUGGGAAGCCUACAGAAGUAAGAGCAGAAAGAGGAAAAGGAAAUCCUACGGGUUGGAUUGCUCAUGUGUCCACAGGACAAAUCCCAUUUAAAAUGGAUGGUGUGAGUUUGUCAAAUGCUUGACAAGCCGCUAUAUUAGCGGUGCAUAAACCAUGUUCGUCAACCAAGUUUGUUCAAUUGUCUUAACGUAAUUGGUUAGUGGGGAAAGGCCGAGAUUCAAAAAGAAUUGGGUGAAGUGUUUGUUCCUGAACGAUAGAAGUGGAAAGACACUAAGGGAGAGGGAUAUACUCCUUUAUUUUUGUAAUCGCCGAAAUUGUACGAUGAACCUUUCUGUUCUAGGACACUAUCGGAUCAACAUCAGCUA